GCAAUAAUAUCAACAUCAUAAAAUACUAUGCAAACCACAGAUAUCAAUAUAUUCGUUUCUUAUUUCAAAAAGGGUUUCCAGAUUGGGUUUUCUUUGACUUCAAGAGGUAGAUAAUGCCAGUUACUAAGGUUUAUAUUGUGUAUUACUCUCUGUAUGGACAUGUUGAGACCAUGGCAAGAGAAAUACAGAGGGGUGCUAAUUCGGUUCCUGAUGUUGAAGCUACGCUUUGGAGGGUGCCGGAAACGCUGCCUAGCAAGGUUUUAGAGAAGAUGAAAGCUCCAGCACAAGCAGAUGAUGUGCCUGAGAUUAGGCCUCAGCAGCUGGUGGAGGCUGAUGGUUUCCUCUUCGGUUUCCCUUCUCGUUUCGGGGUAAUGGCGGCGCAGUGCAAAGCCUUUUUCGAUGCCACCAGCGACAUAUGGGCGUCCCAACUUCUGGCUGGGAAGCCGGCCGGGAUCUUCUGGAGCACGGGUUUCCAUGGAGGCGGCCAGGAACUUACCGCAUUGACAGCCAUAACACAACUGGCACAUCACGGCAUGUUGUUCGUACCCCCCGGCUACACAUUCGGUGGUGGGAUGUUCGAGAUGGAGCAAGUGCGCGGUGGGUCUCCCUACGGUGCAGGGACUUAUGCAGCGGACGGGUCACGCCAGCCUACGGAGCUCGAGCUUCAGCAAGCCUUUCAUCAAGGUUGGUACGUUGCUCAAAUCACCAGAAAGCUCAACACCUGAACAAGCUUGAAAACCUUGCUUGCCUCUCACAAUCUUAUAGUAAUCUGUUUUUGGUGCCUCAUCAAUAAGGUAUUUUUACGGAUCCGAGUGGUCUACUUCAUGUAUUGAAUUCUUACCAAGUAAGAUCUUGUUUGGCUCAUUAUUAAUAACCAUUAAUUAAGUUUAAUUACGAAA